AGGAAAUUUCUUCCCCCUUUAUUCUGACGUAGCCCUAGGGCACAAAGCUUCCUCCCCCUCUCCGGUGUCGACCCGAUCGACCGCCGUCGGGGCCGUUUUCUGAACAAUCAGCUGUCGAAUUAGGGCACCGAAUAAUACACACUUGUCACCAAAAUCUGCUCAAAGUUUAGGACGGUCUCUCCCCUUUGCUUUCGUUUUCCUAUUCUUUCUUGCACUGCAGAUACCCUUUGCUCCUAGCUGUAACCACGGACAGGGGGAGGAGAUUCAAUGGAGUCCAUUGCAACAGAGAAAGAAGGGGAAACAACGAUAGAGUUGGAGGGGUCGGAGAUAGAGUACGUAAGCUAUGGGGGUGAACAUCACCUACCACUUAUCAUGCACCUUGUCGAUGAAGAACUUAGUGAACCCUACUCCAUCUUUACCUACCGUUAUUUCGUUUAUCUCUGGCCACAACUCUCUUUCCUGGCUUUCCAUAGAGGCAAGUGUGUUGGAACUGUAGUUUGUAAAAUGGGAGAGCAUCGCAGAACUUUCCGAGGUUAUAUCGCAAUGCUCGUUGUCCUCAAGCCAUACAGAGGCCGAGGCAUUGCUACAGAACUCGUGACCAGAUCUAUUAAAGUGAUGAUGGAAUCAGGUUGUGAAGAGGUAACCUUGGAAGCAGAAGUUACAAAUAAGGGCGCUCUUGCGUUAUACGGUCGUCUCGGUUUCAUUAGGGCAAAACGCCUUUUCCGGUACUACUUGAAUGGAGUUGAUGCUUUUCGACUGAAGCUGUUAUUUCCCCGCCCUGAGUUACAGACCUCCCUGCAAAUGAUGGCAACCAAGCACGAGAACCAUGAAGAGAGGCACUUGCUGCAAGAAAGCUUGUAAAUGUCAAACUUUCAUGUUGACGCAUCCAAUUUUUCGGGCUAACUGGUUGUCUGAGUAUAUGGGACCCAAUGUUGCAUCAAAAUUGUUGCAUCAUGUUAGGAUCCACGAAUGUUUCAAGUUUCGAUUCUCCAACUUGUGAAAAAUGUUGGGUUUAAGCCACUUACUUGUAUCCUGUUUGUCCCAUUAAAGAAAAGAAGCCGAGACACCGUUUUAUAA